CAUCAUCGUCCUCAUUCCCUCUCCAUCGCCGCAUUGCCGUCGCCGCCGCCCCGCAUCUCAAUCCUUAGCGGGUCAUCGGGACGACGACUGCAACACAAAGCAGAGGCACCACGCAUAUCCUCUGUCAUGAGCGAUGAGAGAGAGGAGGGUACGACUCCAUCGUCUCGCCUCGAUCCGGUGGCCAAGCUCUGCGGCUCGCUCAAGCGCACCUCCUAAACCUCACAAGCCAAGACAAGAUCCGCACAUCACCUCCCUUAAUGCCAAUGAAGUGGCGGCGCGGCGAUCAGCACGCAGCACUCAGAACGCAUAAUCCGCAUCACCUGUCCCGCCUGCCCACCCUGGCAUCCCCGGCAUCCCCGGCCUCCUCUUACACGUAUGGAGCCGCAUGCAUGGAGACACGCACGCACGCACGCACGCACGCACGCCGCAUGCCUCCAACAUUCCAUCAAAGCUGGGACUGGUACCAGGCCCGAGGCACACUUGACGGCAACCAGGGCGGCGGGAAACUCUGGGUUCAUCGUCCUCCCUUGCUUCCCCCUCUCACCCGGUGUCGUCUCGUCGCAACGUCAACCCCCACGAACAACGCACAUCGCACACCAUAUGUGUCCAUGCAACUCUCGUCUCUCGUCUCUUCUUUGUCGCUCGCUCUUGCACUCUUCGCGCUACACACCACGCCUGGCGCGUGUCAAUCUGAUCACUAGUCUCCUCUUCAGCGAGACUCCGACACACCUCCGCACACCGCAAUUCCAUUUCGUCGGUCUCGUCUCGACGCUUCCGCAAGACUCAAGCCACCGAUCCGAUCUCCCUGCUAUCCCUGGCCCCGUCUUGUCUAUUUUUCCCUACUCGCCCCUCCUCGAUCCGCUCGUGGCAGCUCGUGUCCGCCGCCACAAAAUAACAACAUCUCGCGUCAGCUUGCACGCGUCAGGUAGCCAAGCCAUCCAGCCAAGCCUCCUCUGCACAACUCGCACCAGCAUUCUGCACGCCCCUCCGCCCCUCUCCCCUCGGCCACCUCCGCCCCCCCUCUGCUGCUGCACGGCUCAGCUCGCCCCGAAUCCUCCCCUGGACAGCUCUCCUUCGCGGCUCGCGGCUCGCUCCCGAGGCCCGACCCCCCGACCCUCCUGUGCCCCGACCCAACCGGUCAACAUCUGGAGAACUCGACGCCGGCGUCCCAUCCUCACAACCUCAAAAGGAUCAGUUGAUCUGUUCUCAUCGUUCUAUCCAUAAUCGUUCUCUUUUCGUCGGCCGUCCACUCUCUGCGGUCUCUUUUCCUCUCUUCUCCUCUCUUCGUCCUCGUCCUCGUCUCUAUCGUCCCGU